AUGGCGAGCGAGGGUGGUGGAAAGGUCUCCUUCAAAGUGACUCUCACCUCCAAUCCAAAGCUUCCUUUCAAAGUGUUUAGCAUUCCGGAGGCAGCACCUUUCACUGCUGUUCUCAAAUUCGCCGCCGAAGAGUUCAAAGUGCCUCCCCAGACCAGCGCUAUCAUUACUAACGAUGGUGUUGGAAUCAAUCCUCAACAAAGUGCAGGCAAUGUCUUUCUGAAACAUGGUUCCGAACUACGCCUCAUACCUCGUGAUAGGGUUGGAGCAUGUGGGAUGGGAUGUAAGCUGCAUUCUUGUCAGUGCAAAGAGUCUGGCCUAUUCUCACCGGUUAAUUUGGGUUCACUUACUCGAAUGUUUGCAUUUUCUUAAUAGGGAGGAAUUUUACUCUUUCCGUGCAUCAUCCUAGUGUAACUGAUACCAUUUGAAAUCACUAAUCAUUUGUGCUGAACUCAUGUACCUCUGCUCAUGUGGAACUAUAGAUAGUGAAAAAAAAACAAUGCAAAAUGACAUAGAUAUCUACUAUCUAGUAAAGUCGAUAAGUUG